AUGAAAUCAGAUUGCCAUACUGCACAAGAUAAAUAUGAUGAGCGAGAGCGCAAUGGGGAGCUAGGAGCUAUGGAAGCGCGGCCGCGCUGUGACGGGAAGGGCAAGUUUUACAAGUUCGAGUGUGUUCCAGCACAAACUUGCUUCUGUCAGUCAGAUGAUGGUAGAAGACUGUUUGGUGAAGUGCUGAAUCUUGGAGUAAUUACUGAGAAGAGUAUGCACUGCGAUGACAAGGACUUAGACUUGUUUGCUGAGUUCGACCAGGAACACCCGUCGACCUUCCAAUCACCAUGUCUGUUAAAUCAAGAGCGGAUAGCGGCGGAAAUCCUCGAUGCAGAAGAAGAUGAAUUCGACCUUGACUAUUUCGGAGGCUUCCCUGAAUGUCUUCCAGACUGGACUUAUGGAAGAAUCGCAGUGAAUAGUGCUGGACAGCCCAAAAGGAGACGGCGGGACGAAUUAGACAUCUAUGACAAGGAUUGGCCGCAAAAAACUAUAAAUAGAGAGGAGUGGAAGCGCAAGAAAACAACGAUAGACAUCCUCGAUCGACUCGAAACUGAUAUAAAAAGGAUUGAAAGAGAUGGCCAAUAUAAGGAGCAGACCCACAAAAGAGUUAUUGGGUACAUUAUGGCGUAUUCCGUCGGUUUAUAUGUCCUGUUCGCUAUUUUAUACUAUUACAUGUACGUUGGGAAGAGCCAGCAUUGGAUGUAUUCGCUGCUCUACGCGUCACCGCUUCUCGUUUUGCCUGUAUUAGUAAUAUUCCUUAGAUCAGCAAUAUCGUGGUACUACAAUUGGUCGCUAAACAAGAACAGGAUCAAACUAUCGAAGAUGAGAGAAGAGAAAAAGAAGAUCUUGGAAGAAGUUGCGAAAGAGAUCUUAGACAAAUACGGUAGUCCAGAGGAGCAAUCGAAAGCGCUGAAACCUUUCGUACCGUCUACAAAUGUGCCCGGUAAUACCCCUAGCACGCCGGUCCCAGCUACUCCAGGUCAACUGCGACAACGUCAGAUGGCGAUGCAGACGUCAACUCCUAUCAACAACAACAGGAUGCUGACUAACAAGAUAAAUAUUUGGCCCAGCACCAUUGGACAUUACUCAGUCAGUAGCUGUUCAAAUUCCAAGAAUAAAUUAAUUGAAAUCUUAUUUCAGAUUGUCAGUCUGCAUAAUACAAUGCAAUCGGAUCAGCUUCCACGUCCCCUGCCAGAAAGGAACCGCUCUGCUCUAGACAAAGUGGUGGACUUCUUGCUAAAGGACGGACCGAAUCAUCGCAUGGCUCUCAUCUGCUCCGAGUGCUCGUCUCAUAAUGUUAUCUAUGAAGAACACGCUUGA